AUGAUUUAUUCUAUGAAUCAAUCAUUUGUUUUACCACCGAAUUGUAGUUAUAUAUCAAGUAAUCGAUGUUCAGUUAAACUUCUAUUUUGGUUUGAACGUAGAAAUUAUGUUGUCACAUUUCCAGGUGAUAUAUUAAAUGAUGAUAAUAUUGAUGAUAAUAGACAUUUUGUUAUGAUUGAAGUAGCCAUGAAUACAUUUUUUUCCUAUGAAAUUAAUCAUGUAUGUAAAAAUAAAGAUGAUUGUGCUCGAAAUUUUGCUGAGAAAAAAAUUAUUGCAAUGACACAACGAUCAUUUAAUAUUUCAAAUAUUUAUACUGAUCUUGAACGAAUUUUAUUUAAAAAAGAAAGUUUAGAUGAUGAUUUACUUUGCUUUGAUUCAAAUGAAGCUGUACGUCAAUGUGCUAUUGCUGGAAUGAUGGGUUCAUGUCAAAUUAUUGAUGAUCUUAUUAAAUAUAAUAUUCAUCGACGUACAUGUCAACGUCAUUCUCAAGAAUCUGCUAGUGUUAAUAUAUAUGAUUCUAAUAGUUUUGCAAUAAUGACUGUAAAAUGUAAUCGAAUGCUGUGUAAUGGACCAUUAACAAUAGAAGCUGUAAAAAAUGUCUUAAAUCACUAUAAUAUUACGGAUGUUAACGGUAGACUACCAGGAAAUAGUUCACGUCUAUCAAUAAAAUAUUAUUUAUUUAUCUUGAUAUUUUUUUGUAGUUUUUUUGAAUUUAACUGA